AUGGUCCAGAAAACUACUGUCGACCCCGAGGAGUCUUCUACAAACACAUUCAAGACACAGAAUUCGGUAAUUGACUCUCAAGCUCGAGCAGGAGCAAAUUCCCCAGGCCCAAAUGAGAAAGACAUUGAAAAUGCCACCCAAGCUGGUGUACAAAAUAUCGAGGCCGUGUCAAUGACUUGGACAACAUGGUCUUUGAUCAUAGCAUACAUCGGUGUAUUCCUCAUCUCCUUCACUACUUCACUCGAAUCACAAGUGGUCAUGUCACUUUCUAUUUUUGCGACAAGCUCAUUCAACAACCAUUCUUUGAUUUCAACAGUAUUGGUCGUUCAAAGCGUGGUCAUGGCUGUCAUUAAAGCGCCCAUGGCCAAAACCGCUGAUGUAUUUGGUCGACUCGAAGCUUUCACCAUUUCAAUCAUUCUCGCCAUAAUCGGUGGCGCUACCAUGGCCAUGUCCAACGACGUCCAAACUUAUGCCGCAGCUCAGAUAUUCUACGCAGCUGGCUCCACCGGUCUUCAAAUUCUCCAGCAAGUUUUCAUUGCGGAUACAACUAAUCUCCUCAAUCGUGCUUUAUGGUCUAGUUUACCGCAGAUUCCAUUCUUGAUCACUGUUUGGAUUGGUGCACCAAUUGGAGAUAAAAUUCUUAAAACUACAACAUGGAGAUGGGGUUAUGGCAUAUGGUGUAUAAUCCUCCCAGUUGUAUUCUUACCAUUGGCUUUGUCUCUGUUCCUCAACAAUAGAAAGGCGAAGAAGGCUGGCCUUACUGCUGCGUCGCCUUUGAAGAAAUUGGGUCUGAUUGCAACCAUAACAACUCUCUGGAAUGAUUUGGAUAUUGGAGGCAUGAUUUUAUUGAGUGCGGCAUUUGCGCUCAUCUUGAUUCCGCUCACCAUUGCGUCUAAAGCCUCGAAUGGAUGGGCUAGCCCAGAUAUUAUCGCAAUGAUCGUUCUAGGUGUUACUUGCCUUAUCAGCUUCCCUGUUUGGGAAUCCGUCAAAAAGCUGGCACCGCAUCCACUCAUUCCCCUCGGUCUCUUAAAAUCCCGUACAUUCUGCGCAGGAUGUGGCAUUGGAUUUUUCUACUUCAUGGCAUUCUUUCUCUCGGUUCAACCAUACUUCUACUCCUAUCUUCUUGUCGUUCAAGAUCUUUCUAUUCCCGCUGCAGGCCACGUAACACAGGUCUUUUCUUUCACGGCAACCAUUUCUUCUGUCAUCAUAUCUUUCUUCAUCAAGUACACCAAAUACUACAAACCGUACAUUACAGCUGGAGCGCUCAUCUACCUGACGGGCAUCGGACUCAUGUUUCAUUACCGCAGAGAGAAUUCAUCUAUCGCACAGAUUAUUGGCACGCAAAUUGCUGUUGGUAUCGGCGGAGGAAUGCUCAACGUCCCAGCUCAACUUGCUGUUCAAGCUUCUGUCCCUAGUCAUCAGAAUGUCGCUGUCGCUACAGCUGUCUACUUGACUUGUGUAGAGAUGGGCGGCGCUGUUGGAAGUGCCAUUGCUGGCGUUAUCUGGGGUCAAGAUAUUCCCAAGAAAUUGGCCAAAUACUCCUCCACUAUCGAUAGCAAGGCCGUAUACAAUAGUAUUACUAACGCUCUCGCGUAUCCCGUGGGAACACCCGAGAGAGCUGCAAUCAACAGGGCCUAUCAAGAGACUAUGCAAAAAUUGCUCAUCGUGGCGCUCUGUGUGAGUGCACCGGUCGUGGUUUUGUCCCUAGUGAUUAAGAAUGCCAAGUUAGAUGCAGGAGGAGGUAAGGUGAAGGGGAGAGUUAUCGGAGGUACAGCGGAGAAGAAAGAAGAACCAGUCUUAGUUUGA